CAAAGAAUGGCCACGCUGCUGUCAAUGAGGUACUUGGGUCAUUGUUCCCACACUUCCCCGAAAUCCCAAGGGGCAGCGAGCACAGCGGGAAGGCCUCGAGCACCCUAGAUUACAGUUCUGUCUCUGCCAGUGACUGGCCGGGUGGCCUUGGGCAAGUCACUUCAUUUCUUUGCCCACAGAGGCUUUGAGAUGAGCUGUCUGAGUGCCCCCAGUGAGGUGCCCGUCACCCUCCCCGGGGCCCCCAGCCCACCUUCUCUCCCCUUCACUGUCCACCUCUUCUCCCUUGGGUGCCUUCCCUCAGCUCCCACCCUCCUGAAAAGGCCCUGGGGCAUGUUAAGGGUGUCCAGCCCAGCCGAAGCCAGGACCUCCUGCACUGUUGUCCGUUAUUAUUCUUGCCAACCUUGCUGUGCAGUUAGACUGACUUGGGCACCAGAUAAAAUAUUUAUGCUGUUAUUUAUGGGAGUAGUUGCUCCAGCUUCAGGGAGGAAUUUUAAUGAAAACCAGUAAAAGCUCCAGUGCAUGUCGACAGCUCUGCCUCAGGCUGCAGUACCCCUCCCACUUCCACCUCCUGCUGGGCUGGUGUGAGGCUCCUUUUGCAGCUACACCCCCACGGCCUCCUCAGCUCAGGGCCCCAUCAUCCCUCCACCCCACGCCCCGCAGCUGGGGUGAAUGCGUUUCUCACCUAUGGUGUAAGGCCCUGUGUUGGGUGCCAAGGGGAUGUGGCACUCAAUGGGACCUGCAUUCUGACCCACAGGGGCCCACAACCUGGCCGGGGAAACGGACCCAGGCUUAAGUAACAGGACUAGACUGGGUGCCUGCCAUCAGCCAAGAUCCUGACACCUGUCUCCAUCUGUUUUUUUUUUUUUUUUUUUAUUUGAGACAGAGCCUCAAGCUGUUGCCCUGGGUAGAGUGCUGUGGCAUCACAGCUCACGGAAACCUCCAACUCUUGGGCUCAAGCGAUUCUCCUGCCUCUGCCUCCCAAGUAGUUGGGACUGCAGGCACCUGCCACAACAUCUGGCUACUUUUUGGUUGCAGCUGUCAUUGUUGUUUGGUGGGCCAAGACUGGAUUCGAACCCACCAGCUCAGCUGUAUGUGGCUGGUGCCUUAGCCGCUUGAGCCACAGGCGCCCAGUCACCUCUCUCCAUCUUACAACGAACCUGCGAGGUAAGUAUUAUCCUCACUUUACAGAGGAACAUAUGGAAGCUCAGAGAGGCAAAGUGACUUGCCCAAGAUCACACAGCUUGUGAGGAGCGUCAGAGCUGGGAUUUGUUCUCCUUUUAUCAGGCUCCAAACCGUGUGCUCCCUUCACCAUGCCCCAUUGCCAAUAACUAUAGUCCAAGGCCAAGUCUGAUUAAGGCCACAGAGACGUGCAGACCAAGUGCAGUGGGAGGGACAGGCCACUCACAACCAGGGGAUAUGGAUUUAAGGACGGUCUUGAAUCAGUGGCGGCAUUUCAGCGGGUGGGAUCCCAGACACAUGUGGGAAUGGGCAGCUGAUGGGCACAGGGCAACAUGUGAGGGGAGCCACACUGGCAAGUUAGGCUGUGGCUGCUCUACACAGGCCUUGAAUGAACUUGGAAGGAGGAAAGAGGGAGCAGACAUUGUGGGUCAGAUCCCACUGAGUGUUGUGACUGCCCACGGGGACAGGGUCUCCCCAGCAAGAUCACCCAAAGGAGGCCCCCCAAUUGCAUUUCUCAGUCAGUGUUCCCUGGGGAUCUUCUCUAUGAGGACUGAAGAGGAAAGGUAGGUCCCACCUUUAGGGGCUCCCUGUCUGACAAGAGAGCCAGCAGCAAAGACAAUUAUAGUCGAAGGAACACUGGGGCCCAGGGAGCCCAGAGGAGGUGUCCUGCCUGCCUGGAAUGUCCCUAAGGCUUCCCAGAGGAGUAGGUACUGGAGCAGCAUCCUGGAGGACACGUAGGAAUCACCCAGGAGGAUACAGAGAGAAAGGCAUUCUAGAAGGGCAGGGGCAUGUGCUCAGAUGAGCGAGCAGGUGCAGAAUCUGCAUGCAGCCCUAAGGGCUGGAACCCCAGUGGAAAGGGGUUGGGGAGCAGCAGCAGGGGCACAUCAAGAGAGCCCCCCCCAUAGGUAGGCUAAGGGUUUAGAACUCAUCUGUAGGGCAGUAGGGAGCCAUAGAAGGAGUUAGAGCUGGGGAGUGCCAAGAUCUAAUGUGUGGUUUUUUUGUUUGUUUUUUUGAGACAGAGUCUCACUUGGUCACCCCUGGUAGAGUGCUGUGGUGUCACGGCGCAAAGCAACCUCAGACUCCUGGGCUUAAGUGAUUCUCUUGCCUCAGCUGCCUGAGUAGCUGGUAUUAUAGGCACUCGCCACAAUGCCCACUAUUUUUAGAGGUGGAGUCUCACCCUAGCUCAGGCUGAUCUUGAACUCAACUUGUGAGCUCAGGAGAUCUGCCCGCCUUGGCCUCCCAAAGUGCUGGGAUUACAGGUGUGAGCCACUGCGCUUGGCCCCUAAUGUGUGUUUUUAUCCACAUCCUCUUGAAGGGUAAUCCUGUUACUUAGGUGGGAAUGUGUAUAUGGGGGCUUUAGCAGGGACUAAGACUGCCUGGAGAGGAGAGGGGUAGGCCCCAAGGGCUAAAGGGCAUCCCCGAGAAGUGGGGAACAUUUCCCAAGGCAAGAGGAUGGGGUAGGAUGCUGGAGACCCUUAUCUACUUUACUUACACAGGCCCUGGGAAAGAGGUAAGGGAGUCAGAUUUAACCUACUGUAGGCCAAGCUGGCUACAGACUUCGACAUAAUAGCAAACCCUGAUUGUGGGAAGGACCAAAGACAUGUGGUGCCUCAGGCCCCCUGGCUCUUAGAUGUGUGAGCCCAUGGCCUCUGGCCCCUUCCCGCUUUGUGGCUGGCUAUUCUGAGUCAUGGUCAUGGUGCUGCUCUCAUUUCCAUGCUCUUAAAUGGGUGCAGCCACAGCGAGAGCAGGCGUAGUAGCCUCAGGGGAUUGUAAUGCAACAGAGGGUCAGGUAUCUGACAGGUCUGGCUGUAUGAGGUGGGUGACCCCAGGCAAUGAGUUACUCCUUGGAGCCUAUGUCCUUAUCUGCAAAGGAGUAUGGGCCUACAGGAGCUGUUAGGGUAGUGCCCAGCCUAAAAUAAAUGUACCCUUUCUCCCGGGUUGGAGCUGAGGGGGCUUAGGGCUCUCUAGGAGGCUGCUCUGUCCACGGCAGCCUGUUUCAGUGACAUCCUGCUGCACCCUGCUCUCCAUUUCCCACCAUGCUCCCAGGAGACAAUGUUUGUCCUCUGGGCUCGCCAGAUUCACAGCAACUCUUGUUUGGAAUUCAUGCUGCAAGAAAUUAAAUUAUUUGUUCAAACCAUACAGUUAGUGCAUGACAGAGCUGUGACUUAAACUCAUGCCAUCAUGGUCCCAGUCCUAAGCUUUUUCCACAACACCCUGAUCAAUCUUUUUUUUUUUUUUUUUUUUAGAGACAGAGUCUUAUUUUGUCGCCCUUGGUAGAGUGCAAUGGUAUCACCGCUCACAGCAACCUUGGGCUUAUGCGAUUCUCUUGCCUCAGCCUCCCAAGUAGCUGGGACUACAGGCCCCCGCCACAAUGCCCAGCUUUUUUUUUUUUUGUAGAGACAGAGUCUCAUUUUAUUGCCCUUGGUAGAGUGCCAUGGCAUCACACAGCUCACAGUAACCUCCAACUCCUGGGCUUAGGUGAUUCUCUUGCCUCAGCCUCCCAAGUAGCGGGGUCUACAGGCGCCCACCACAACACUUGGCUAUUUUUUUGUUGCAGUUUGGCCGGGGUCGGGUUCAAACCUGCCACCCUCGGUAUAUGGGGCCCGCACCCUGCCCACUGAGCCACAGGCGCCGCCCCAAUUUUUUAUUCUGUAUCUGGAGACGCUGAGGUUAGAGAGGUGAAAGGACUUAGGGUUCUAUACUAGUUAGCAUCAGGGCAUAAAGCCUAGUAGUUUCACCACCAUUCUGCUCACUGUUGAGUAUUUUUGAGUAAUUCAAGAGCCUGGUCAUGUUUUUCACUACACAAGCAAUACCACCACCUGGUGGUGGCAUGCCUGAAUUGCAGGGGCAACUCCUAAGCAUUAACACUCUACCUCAACUAAAAUUGUCAAAAAAGUAGCUAGCUGAGUGACAUCUGUGUGACAAAUCCCAAACACAGUUCCUCAUCAGAUCCCACUUUUGGAGGAGGAACUGUGGGGUUGCAGAUAGGGUCAGUGAGUAGGGGAUGGAGUUGAUGAGAUACACAGACCCAGUCUGAAGCCUCAUCCUGUUUGGGCUUUCCUCCAUCACUGUGACGAAAUGGCGUUGGCUGCUCACUCUACUGUGCAAUUCUGGCCCUAAAAUGGUCUGUCUCUUUAAAAAUCCUUCUAGUUGUAACUGAAGCAGCAGCUGAAGCUGUUACCAGGGGCAACCUGGUAAGCCACAGAGCAUUAAAUUAAAUUAAACAGGCCUCUGACUGCCCCCUCCCAUCCCAGAGAAGGGAGGGGCUGUUCCACCUCUCUCCAUGGGAAUAAAGUUGCUGUGUAACCUCCUACACGGUAAGGAAUUCAGUUACAGAGUUUAUAACUCCCAGAGGCCUGUUGUUUAGAGGCAGCCUGGGAGGAGGCUCAAAGGACUUCUACCAGAAGAGGAAUAUUUACUGAGGACCUGCCUGGGGUGGGCUCUGGGCAGGAUGUCCCCUCUAUCUCUUGCUUAAUCCCCGUCAGGCUCAUGAGCUGGGAAUUCUGUGGUGAGAGGGGCAGGGCUGGCCAGCAUACCAGUCCAGGUUUAAAACUGGAGGGACUUAAAUUAGGCUGCUGCUCUGUGGCAGAUUCAUGGGAGGCAAGUGGGCGAGGCCCAUGCUGGCCCCAAAGUAAAAUCUACAGGGUCUGGUACUGGCUGAAGGAGAGAGGGAGGGACAGCUCCGAGGGGAGGUGUUCUUAGAACAUUUCCCAGCGCUCUGAGGCCCUUGCCCCUAUUUUCCUCGUUUUAUUUAUUUAUUUAUUUUUAUUUAUUUUCUGAGACUGAGUCUCAAGCUGUUGCCCUGGGUAGAGUGCUGUGGCAUCAUAGCUCACAGCAACCUCCAACUUGGGCUCAAGCAAUCCUUUGGCCUCAGUUUUUUCUUUUGUUUUUGUUUUUGAGACAGAGUCUCACUUUAUCGCCCUUGGUAGAGUGCUGUGGUGUCACAGCUCACAGCAACCUCAAACUCUUGGGCUUGAGCGAUUCUCUUGCCUCAGCCUCCCAAGUAGCUGGGACUAUAGGCGCCCACCACAACGCCUGGCUAUUUUUAGAGACGAGGUCUUGUCACUGUGGUUCAGGCUGGUUUCAAACUUGUGAGCUCAGGCCAUCUACCCACCUCGGCCUCCCAGAGUGCUAGUAUUAUAGGCGUGAGCCACCACACUCACCCCAAAUUUGUGAACUUAAUUGUCAGACCUCCUAUGACAAUAGCUCUGAUGGUCAUUCCAGAAAAAGAGUCCCGAAAAUUUCUAUGAAGGGUGGACUAGGUUGCUGGCAUCAGUGCACAGCUUCCUAAGGGGAGUACUUUGAAGGUGACCACAGUGGUACUCAGCAAUGAGGUGUGCAGCACUUUUUUAGGAUGAGUUUUCAGACCUUCAUAUGUGUUAACCCAUUCAACUCUCUCCAGUGUUAACUGCAAGGUAGGGACUAUUAUUCUCCCGUUUAUAGAUGAAGCAACUGUGACACAAAGUGGUUAGAUAACAUGUCCAGAGUGACACAGCCGGAAGGCAAGAGGGCUGGGAAAUAGCAGCUUAGAUCCAGAGUUCCUGCACCUGACAACCCUGGACUAGUGAUCCUCAAAGUGCAGCCCCCAAGCCAACAGCAUCAGUAUCACCUGGGAAUUGAACAGAAAUGCAAGUUCUUUUUUUUUUUUUUUAAGACAGAGUCUCAAUAUGUCACCCUUGGUAGAGCGCUGUGGCAUCACAGCUCACGGCAACCUCAAACUCCUGGGCUUAAGCGAUUCUCUUGCCUCAGCCUCCCAAGUAGCUGGGACUACAGGUGCCCAUCACAAUGCCCAGCUAUUUUGUUGUUGCAGUUGUCAUUGUUGUUUUUUUAGCUGGCCCAGGCUGGGUUCAAACCCACCAGCCUCAGUGCAUGUGGCCGGCACCGUAACCACUGUGCUACAGGCACCAAGCCAGAAAUUAAAGUUCUUGACCCACUAAAUCUAAAACUCUGGGUGUUGGGGCUCAGUAACCUGUGUUCUAACAGGCCCUCUAAAAUAGGCUGACAUUUGAGAGCCCUGUCGCUGCACCACACUAUGGAGAGUGGAAUAAAUGGGCUAGCAGAUGCAUCUCUUGCUUAGUGAGUACAGGGUCAGAAAUUUUGAUCCUCAGGGAAGCUUGAAGAUCCAAGCCCACAGCUGAGUAGGUAAGCAACACAGGUUGGUGACCUGGCAGAACCUGCAGGAAACAGAAUUAGGAUAGGAGGAGCAGGGGGUUGUUAACUCGGGUGGGUCCAAGGAUGGAUCUUAAGUAUUCCAUUUACUUCAAAAGGUGGCCCCCAAAGAAGGAAAUGUUGGGGAGCUUGGCUAUUUGGAGGGAUUUCAACAGAAGAUCUUUUGCUAUACCAAUGGCUAAUAAAUAUAUGCAUCUCAAUAGGUUGUACAGGGACUGCGUUGGUUCUUAAGGAAAGUAUUUGCCUUGCAGUUUGGACUUUGCCCCUGCUGACAGGCUGUCCUCUGAUUGUGGAGUUAGUUCCUGAAAGCUGAGUAAUCGAGAGAGGGGGAAAAUGACCCAGGAAAGGGAAUGAACUUUUCUCUAGUAUCACUCAGAGCACGGAAGCAAGGGCUGCGCACGGCCUUAAAAGGUAGGACACAUCCUCUUCCUUUUACAGACAAGGAAACAGACUAAUAAAAAAGCCACCGGCCCAGCCCCGCAGCCCAGGCUGGAAGUGCCAGGAUUCAAGUUCAGAUCUGCCGCCCUCCAACGCCCCUGUUUUUCCCACCUCAUCACACCAGCCCUGUGAAGGCUGACACUGCAGAAAAGAAAGUCACAAGGUGACAGGCCACAGGAAUCCGUCCUUCCUGUACAACUUGAAUGCCCUCUGUGAUGACACAGAAUAGCUUCUCUGCUCCUGCACAUGGAGCCCCGCCCCGCCUGGCCCUGGCCCUGGCCUGCCACCCAUGGGGGCACACAUAGGACAGGCAGGAGAAGGCUUUUCUCCUCUGGGGGGGGGGGGGGCAACGCUCUCGUGCUCCAGCCUUGUUGAGUGUGGGGAAUAAACAGAGGUGUAGGAUUGGGGUCCCACCCCUGCCACUUAUGCCCCCAGGGGUCUGGAGAGGCCACUGGCCCAGCUUCUGCAUCUGUAAUUGGGAAUAACUCCAAGUAGCAGCAUACAUCACAAGUGUGUCGGCCAGGGUGGGAAAUGUGACCAAGCAGAGGGAAUUUGGGGUUUGAGUGCUAUGCCAUGGAAGUAAAUAUUCAGCCCUAUGUUGGGUUCCCUGAUUUUAAGCUGUGAGCAAAUCAAGUGCUGCUCCCAACUGCCCAGCACCUCCUCUGCCCUGUGGUCAUUUUUAGUCUACCCUGGUUCCCGACCUGCUGGACUGCAUUGAGCCACUUUAUUCAUUUUCCCUAGUGAAAGAGCCAUCUCCUGUCUGGCCUGUGGUCCCAAUCCAACUCUAGCAGCAGUGGUGGCUGUGUGGGCCUGCAGAUAUUGUGUGCCCACUGCAGUACUUCAGUAACCCUGAUGCCCGAACUUUCUCAGCUCCUCCAGGGGAGAGUGCGUGCUGCACCCUUAACAUAAUCAUCUUUCUCCUGUAAGAGGUGGUGGGACCAGACCAUGCUAAAAGCAUCUUGACUUUGGGGUUCUUUAUCUAUGAGGAGAGGGAGACCCAGCUCUCAGACUUAGCAGGUAAAUGGGGAGAGAAGCCAGCAGCAGGCUCAGAAGGCGCUGACAUGCCCAGGUGAGUGGACUGAGGCCACAGGAGGCUGGAACCAGAGCCCCAGGAAAGCUGUCCCCCACCCUGGGCUUUGACGUCCUACAGACCUCAGUUCAGUUCCUGCCAGCCACUCACAGCUGUGUGCCCUUGGGCAAGUCACUACACUUCUCUGAGCCUCAGUUUGCUCAUCUGUAGGAUGGGGUUAAUAACAGUUUGGAUUUCCCAGCAUUUCUAUGAGGAUCAAAUGAGAUAAUUUAUGAAAAGCACACGUGUGCACAUGUGAAUUUUAAGGCUAAAUUCAACUAAAUUAAAUAGAACAUCUGGCCACCAUCCAGGUCCAUCCAGCUCUUCUAGCCAAACCAUAUCAAAUCACCCCAAACUGUAGAGUCACACAUACGUGUACGUGUGUGUGAGCACACCCAUGCCAGGGACCUGGGUUUGCUGACUGUCAGCACCCUUUUGGCCUUUCCUGCCAGGUCCCCACUCUCCCGGGUGCAAGGAUGGGCUGGAAUGUCCACACCUUUGUUUGUGAGACAUUUGUGAGGCUGGCUGGCCAGCACCACCUUCCUCCCGACCCGCCCCAGCUGGCCAGUGAUAUCCAGACAGGCCCGUGUGCACUAGAUCAACCUGGGCGGGUCUCUCCACCUCCCUGAGCCUGUGUGCAAGGUGCUUCAUAAUACCCAGCUGACAGCAUGCCUAUGGGGUCUGAAUCAAAGUGAGAUGCCCUGACACAGGCAUGCCUGGCACAGAGACACCAUUGCAGGGGUCUCCUGUUGUCACCCAGGGUCUGGCCUAGGCCAUGAACAGGGGUGAGAGGCCUGCAUGUGAGCACGUGUGAGUGUACACGUGCAUGCGUGUGCAGGCGUGUUAAGAUGCCAGUAUUCUGGGAUAAGGAGAAGAAAAUUAAAUUACUGCAUUGGCUUGGGACAGGGUUUUUGUUAAGAGAAAUGUAAAUUCAAGUUACCUUAUUUUGAAAGACGAUAGGAAUUUUAAGGCUAAAUUCAACUAAAUUAAAUAGAACAACUGUUGUAAGCAAACACCUCUUGGGUGUUCAGCAUGGGUUCUGUCUGUGGCAGACACUGGGGCAGGCGGUGGGAGGAGACAGAGGGGGCCCAAGACCCAGGGCUCACCCUUUCAGGACCAAGACAGAAAUGACUUGGAGAUAAGCCGGUUGAAGGUAGGCAGGGAGCAGGACCAGCGUGACCCAGCACGCAGCCAGCCUGGCACCCUUCAUGUUCUCUCAGUCCUCAUAGCAGCUGGUGAGAUGGAUGUUAGAAUCCCAUUUCACAGAUGAGGAAACCGAGGCUCAAAGGAGUAAAGUGACCUGGCUGCAGCCACCUGGUGAUGGAGGCAGAAUUUUAAUCUUGUUUAACUCCAAAACGUAAGUUCUUCGUACCCACUACACCUUGAGAAUUGCCACCAAGAACCCACAUACAUGUACGUAGGGGGUGCUGGGAGGAGGGUAGGAAUGAUAAAAGCAAUCUGCCUCUGCAUAUUUUUUGCAAUUUAAGAAAGAAAAAUGGGAGGGAAUAAAGACCCAAGAAAGCAUGUCAUAGAGACUCAUACACUCACACACUCUGCUGACUUUUGUAAGAUUAUGGGCUGAAUUAUUGACUUUUAUAAUGUUUUCUUUUGCAAUUUAGGUUUAGCUGAGUAGCUGGUUAUGGUUCUUGAGCAGCUCUUUGUUCUUCAAGCUCCAGGGACAGUUCCAGCCCCAGCAGGAUGAAAAAGCUCUUGCCGUAGCUCAGGUUGGCCCAGACCAGCGGCUGCCCACCCACGCUGUGCUCCUGCAGGUGGCAACCCUCUGGAGUGGAGGUCCCACCUCCUGCUUCCCUGGACUUCUGCCUUCAUCCCUGCCCCCCCACCCUGUCUCCUGACACAUGACACCCACUUGGCCAUCUCUCUCAAGACCCCUCCACUUUAGAUUCUCAGGAGGCUGCCUCCAAGGACCUCCCUCUACCACCCCGCCAGCCACCUGCAUUACACUUGUCCCACCUACUUCUCUGACCUGUCCAGAAAGAGCAAAGAUUUUGCAGUCAGGCAAAAUGAGUGGAUUCAACUGUCACUUACUAGCCUUGUGACCUGGGUCAAAUUACUUAGCUUUGCUCAGCCUCAGUUCCCAUCUGUAUAUUGGGACUGAAGGGUUCACAUGAGGACUCUGAGAUAAAGUCUAGAACAUAAGUUCUCAACCUUCCUAAUGCCGCGGCCCUUUAAUACAGUUCCCGUGGGUCGCAACUCACAGGUUGAGAACCGCUGGUCUAGAAAGUGCCCAGGGCAGUCACUGACAUUACCGUGUGUAGUCGUGUGAAGGGAGAGUUCGAGGAGGAGGAGGUUUCAGCUGGCUUUGACAGGUGGAGUUUGCUUUCUAGGCAGAGGAACAGCAUCUACCUAGGGAGGUGCGACAUAGACAUAGCCCAUCUGGGGGGCUGUGAGCAGUUUAGAGUGGCUAGGAAGAGAGGCUCAAGGCAAGUAAGAGGAAUCAUGGUGUGAGAGGAGGGCAGGAACUGAUUUCAGAGACUGCAUGAGCAGCUUUUCAGGGCCACAUGUGCUCCUUCUUAUGAGCUUUGGACGGCCCUGCUUCCAGGCCUCACCUGUCACUAGAGCCCCUGGCCCUGCAGGUUUCACCACAGGGCCUUUGCACACACCACACCUGCUGGGUGUUGCUCUCACCUCAUUUCUGACAGUGCACUCCUGCCUCUUCCUGAGCCUCCUCAGUCUCUCCUGUUGAAGGGGAGUUGUACCUUCUGACUCAGUGACUGCCAAUCUAUCAUAGGACCAGGACUUUCCAGCUUACUGCUGACUCUGACAUUUGGUGCCCAUAUCCCAAAAGUGCACUUCCAUUGUCAGCCUCUGGGGCCCUGAUUUUGGUUCUUCAGAAAGUGUAAUCUCAAAAGAAAGUGUGAUCUGGGUACAUAGUACUUAGAGAUGACUAUCACAUGACACAGACUUGUGAUGAAUGCCUGUGACCUCAGCCAGUUGUAGACAUAGCUCUAAUUUGUUCUUUUGGCCCCCACUCACAGAAGAAUGGCUCACAUAAGACUAGUUAAUGAGGCAAUAAAUGUUUGCUUCUCUACUUGUUCAAGGGCAUCUAAAAGACAAGAACUUCUUUUUUUUUUUUUGUAGAGACAGAGUCUCACUUUGUCGCCCUCGCGUAGAGUGCCGUGGCGUCACAUGGCUCACAGCAACCUCUAACUCUUGGGCUUACACGAUUCUCUUGCCUCAGCCUCCCGAGCAGCUGGGACUACAUUUUUUUUUUUUUUUGAGACAGAGUCUCACUAUGUCACCCUCGGUAGAAUACCAUGGCAUCACAGCUCACAGCAACCUCAACCUCUUAGGCUUAAGUGAUUCUCUUGCCUCAGCCUCCCAAGUAGCUGGGACUACAGGUGCUCGCCACAACACCUGGCUAUUUUUUGUUCCAGUUGUCAUUGUUGUUUAACUGGCCCAGGCUGGGUUCAAACCCGCCAACCUCUCCGUGUAUGUGGUAACACCCUACCCAUUGUGCUAUGGGCGCAGAGCCAGACAAGAACUUCUUAAAGACAGGACUUAGCACACCAUAGGUACUCCAUAAAUGCUAAGAUGCUCAGUAAAUGCCUCUUAGACAUGCCUGGAAUUUACCAGUUCAUCAACACUUUUAUCCUAUCAUUUAGUUGGCUAAUCACAGUAAGCCUGAGGCAGAGAUAAGUACUGACAAACAUUUAUAAAGCAGACACUCAGGUCAGAGAUGACAAGUGCCUCGUCCAAAGCCAUACAGCAAAACAAUGACAGAGCUGAGCACAGUGGCUCAUGCCUGUAAUCCUAACACUUUGGGAGGCUGAGGUAGGAGGAUUGCUUUAGGCCAGAAUUUCAAGACCAGGCUGGGCAACACAGCAGGACCCCAUCUGUACAAAAAAUAGAAAAAUUGGCCAGGUGGAGUGGGAUGUGUCUGUAGUCCUAGCUACUUGGGAGGCUAAGGCAGGAGGAUCACUUAAACCCAGGAGUUAAGAGGUUGCAGUGAGCUACGAUGACACCACUGCACUCUAGCCUGGGCAACAGAGCAAGACCCUAUCUCAAAAUCGUAACAACAAUAACAACAACAAAACUGGGUGCUCAAACCCUCGCCCCCUAACUACAACGAAAUUAUCAUGAUUUUCAUCCUGACUGCGACCAUUUCUUAAGCACCUGCUCUGUGCCAGGUACUUUAUAAGCAUGAUUUCAUCUAGAUCAUCUAAAUUCCCAACUUUCUCCUGGCAUGUGUGUGUGGCAGUGACCACAGCUGCCCUGUGAAGACCUGAGGAGUAGCUACUGGGCCAGGCCCCAGGAGACAGCACAAACCAUGGCAGCCGUAUCCUCUGAGACUGAAGGGAACCUUCCAGACAAAGGUGACAUAGAAGAACACCCCAAGCAGAGGCUGAGAAAGGGACAGGUGAGCUGAAGGAGACCUGGCCUGUGGGGGAACCAGAGGCAGUAGAUUGUGGCAAAAGCCUGGCUUGGAAGAGGGGGACACGGCUAAAGAAAGGCAGAGAGCUAUGCCUACCAAACAGCCUAGGAUGAAUCUGCCAGGAAACAGGGAGCAGCGGGGGGUUGUAAGCAGCUGGAGCAGCUGGCAAGAUGGAGCACCACCACACUGGAGGGUGAGGCAGCAGGGUCACGCUGGGGGCCGGAACCCGGGGAGGAUGACCACAGCCGCACGGUGCAGGUUUGAUGUCUCUGCUGUUUAUCCCAAUCAGAAGAAGCUCAGCACCUUCACGGAGGCUCCAUACUUCAGUCGGUAUUCUAUGGCGCUGUCCCACAUAGGGCCUGGAACCUACAGCUUAUCGGACACCUGCUUCAGUAAGAGGAAGCUGAAGAAGGAGGUGGGCACAGGCUGGGACAAGGCCCAGGAAGCCACCCGGCUGACUCAGAUGCCCCAUUUCCAGUACCAGGCCAUCCUGAAGGAGAAGCGGCAGCAGGAGCAAAAACUGGGUCCCGGCACCUACAACUUCAAAGAUUUCUUAGAACUGCUGGAGCAGAAACCACGUAGCACUCGGGGGCUGCUCAGCUCUGGGGAGACUCGCUUUCGAGGACUCAUCGGGAACUACUACCCCGGCCCUGGGAAUUAUGGGGAGAAGGGCAACCCCUACACGAAGCUGGAGGAGAAUGCCUGGAACCGGUCCCAUUCCGAGGGCCUCAUGUGCAGGAUGACCAACAAGCCACUCCCUGUGGAUCGUGAGGGGAGUGGCCUGGGACCCGGCACCUACUUCUUCAAAAGUGGCAUCGAGACAUACCUGGCACGCUCCAUGGGCACCCGUGGCCCCUAUGACACUUUCUCUGGUGACCGAGGCAAGCCGCUGCCUUAUGGGCAUUACUCCGUACAGAAAAAAAAACCCAGGGAACUGAUGAAUUUCAAGAGCUUCACAGAUGAACUUAACUCACGUUACAAUAAGAAGCGUGGGGUUUUUUCAAAAGUUCCCCGCAACCCAAAGACCCCUACAGAGAGGAUUUACUGGGCAACCCUCAGCCAAUGCCCCCGAACACUGGCCACAUCUGGCCCUGGCACCUGGCUUCCGUCAGAGGAGAAAUCCAAACACACCAACCACCCGCCGUUCCUGCUGUCCUCCAAGCGGUCCAGCCCACAGACCGGGCCGAAUGUUUUGGGAAGCUGGAACCCAGUAGGUGUGGGCCGCUACCUUAACACCUGGCUGAUGGAGACAAAGGACAGACGGCAGCGCUAUCGGUCCCUGUACCUGGGUGAACCCAAACGCUACCUCUCGGACCUGAACCGGGACAUGAUCAUGCAGGAAAGGAUCACACCUUUUACUAAGGGGAAGUGCCCUCCAACUGUGGAUUACAAUUCAGAUCCUACUCCUUAAAGCCACUGGGGAAGGACAGCUACAGUGACUGGAGGGGCCAGAGGCCUGAAGACAGAUGUGGGGCUGGGAGGAUGGGAGUGGGAAGGACCCGUGAGAAUGCCUGGGAAGAGAGUUGUGCUGGGGUCACCUCUGCUGGAGCUGCACACCUGGAGCUCACAAUGUCUGCUGGGACACCUGGGGCAGAUAUCAUUUGUUACAAGACAUCAAAUAUCCUGAGACCUGGGAUCAGCCAGAACAUGGAGUCUGAACAGCAGAUGGACUAAAGGGGUAGAAUGUGGUUGAUGCCCUUGAAACCCUUUGUAUUGUAAAGCCACAGCUCAUUAAAGUCUAAAAGGGGGUGGCAGAAUGUAGCGUGUUUGACAAUUCUAGUACUCUCCAGCAACGUCCCCUCUCCAUCCCAGGACA